AUGCCCAACCCGUCCCCUACCCGCGACGCGGCACUCGCGGCCCUGCGCGCCGCCGAGGCCCGCUUCGUCGCCAACAACCCGCUCUCCCAAGCGCAGCACAACCUCGCCGUCGCCUCCCUCCCGGGCGGCAACACCCGCACGCUGCUGCACACCGCCCCCUUCCCCAUCACCAUGCAACGCGGCGAGGGCGCCCACCUGUGGGACGUCGAUGGGCACAAAUACGUCGACCUAGCAGGCGACCUCUCAGCCGGACUACUAGGCCACUCGCACCCGACGGUCCAGCGCGCUCUGCACGCCGCGCUGGCCGAGACGGGCCUGUCGCUCGGCGCCACCACGCCCCACGAGCGCCGCCACGCCGCGCUGCUGUCCGCCCGCUUCGGCCUGGCGCGCGUGCGUUUCACGACGAGCGGGACCGAGGCCAAUCUGCACGCGCUCGCUGCUGCGCGGCGGUUCACGGGGAAACGGGGUGGGGUUGUCUUUGCCGGCGGGUAUCAUGGGGGGGUGUUGAGGGACGGGGCUGCGCUUGGGGGGGGUGCGGUUGUGGAUGGGCUGCCGGACAACACGGUGGAUAAGCGGGAUUUUGUGGUUGUGCGGCGGUAUAACGAUCUGGCGAUGGCGCGGCGGGUGAUCGAGGCGGUGGCGGCCAGGGGAGAGUUGGCGGCGGUGUUGGUCGAGGCGAUGCAAGGCGCAGGAGGGGUCAUACCGGGGCGGAGCGAGUUCUUGCUCGGCGUGCGGGCGGCAGCGCGGGAGAACGGGGCGUUGUUUAUCCUGGACGAGGUCAUGACGUCGCGACUGGCGCCGGGCGGGCUGGGGGCGGCGCUGGGCCUGAGCCCAGACCUGGUGACGCUGGGCAAGUAUCUGGGCGGCGGCCUGCCGUUUGGUGCGUUUGGCGGUCGUGAGGACGUCAUGGCCGUGUAUGACCCGCGCUUGGCCGGCGCGAUGGCGCACUCAGGCACGUUUAACAACAAUACGCUGGCCAUGUGCGCAGGGUACGCGGCGUUGAAGGAGGCCUACACCCCAGAGGUGUGCGUCUCGUUCAAUGAGAGGGGGGACCGGUUCAGGGAGAAGCUGAGAGACGUUGCGCGUGGAACGAGGUUGAGCAUCACUGGCCGGGGCUCCUUGAUCGGCUUGCAUUUUACCGAGGACGGGUUGGAGGACAUCGAGUGUGCGGAGGAUAUAAAGGGGAAGGAGAGGCCCGAUUUGCGGGAUCUCUUCUGGUUCGAGAUGCUCGAGGCCGGGUUCUGGACGACGCGGAGGGGUUUUCUGGCGCUCAUACUGGAGACGGAAAACGAGGAGCUGGACGCCUUUGUUGAAGCGGUCAGGGAUUUCCUGGAGAGGCACCGGCAACUCAUGCUGGUGGACAAGUGAAACGGCGGCGGAAUCACGGUCUAGUAUUCUAUAUCUCGCAUUGAGGUUAUCCUGAUAUUCGGAGCGGAGAUUCUGUCC